GGACAGGGACCCCUGCCUGCCCUUCCUCCCUGAGCCUGGGGAUUCAGACCCUGGUGGUAGCUGGGCGAGCUCAGUAUGGCUCUGCCUGGUGCCACUUAUGCACAAUAGCGGGGCCCUGAGUGGGCCCAGGGAUGGCAGGGCUCUGAGGACCUGGGCCGUCCCCAGCCUGUGUUCAGGAUGGCAGUGUGGACUGAGCCAGCACCUGGCCAGGUGCUCCUGCGCUCCCUGAUGCCAGAGUGCUGCCGUCCUGAACACAAGGUGCCCCACCUGCUCAGCACCGUGACAGCACUGUCCCUGUGGGUGAUCCAUGAGUCAGGCCCAGGCCAAGGCUGGUCCUGGUAAGGGGGUCUCUGUAGAGCCAGCAGACCCACGCUAACCUCAGGGCUGCGAGAACAAACCCUCCAAUGAGGAUGUCACCUGGCACUAUGGCACGCUGGACACAUGCGCCCCUCUCCUGGGGGACCCUCGUGAUGUCCCACCUGUAGCCACACCUGAGUGGGUGCAGCAAAACCUCCUGCCAGCCCCACGAAGCUCUUUUGGGUAGGAGCCUCAGGACCAGGGUCACAGCCAGGGCACACCAGCCAGCUUGGUGCCCAGGUCACAAGAGGGAGGGUCCUGCAAGCCCCAAGCCCAGCCCCGGGGGCCCUGAGCCAGCAGUACUCAGGAGUGCUUUCUGUCUAAAUGUCAGGCGUAGGUGCUGGCUCGCAGCAGAAGCACGGGGCAGGAAAUGACAGGCAGGGUGGCGUGCUGGCUGCUCAGAGGGGCCGAGACGCCAGGGAAGGCACCCAUGGCCAAGCUGCCUUGGGCCGGGGUUGGUCCCCAGUGCUCUGUGGGCUUGUGCCAACCUGGCUGUGCACAGAACAUGGGGUGGGCUCCCAGGCGACCAGCAAGCCUGCGACAGCCGCCACGUCCUGCCUCUGGCCAGGCCGUGUCCCGAAUGCCGAGGGGCAUGGCAGCUGCUCCUCCAGGGUACCUCACCCUGUCCCCAUCCCUGUCCCCCACUGGUGCUGCCGUCCAGCUGGGAGGCUGUGGUGUCCUGGGCGUUGGGAUCUGGCUGGCUGCCACACAGGGGAACUUUGCCACCCUGUCGUCCUCCUUUCCAUCCCUGUCGGCUGCCAACCUGCUCAUUGUCAGUGGCACCUGCGUCAUGGCCAUUGGCUUCGUGGGAUGCAUCGGGGCCCUCAAGGAGAACAAGUGCCUGCUGCUCACUUUCUUUGUGCUGCUGCUGCUGGUGCUCCUGCUGGAGGCCACCAUCACCGUGUUCUUCUUUGCCUAUACUGACAAGAUCGAUAGUUAUGCUCAGGAAGACCUGAAGAAGGGCCUGCACCUGUACGGCACACCAGGCAACGUGGGGCUCACCAACGCCUGGAGCAUCAUCCAGACUGAUUUCCGCUGCUGUGGCGUCUCCAACUACACUGACUGGUUUGAGGUGUACAACACCACGCGUGUACCUGACUCCUGCUGUCUGGAGUUCAGUGACAGAUGCGGGCUGCAUGCGCCUGGCACGUGGUGGAAGGCGCCCUGCUAUGAGACGGUGAAGGCCUGGCUCCAGGAGAACCUGCUGGCUGUGGGUGUCUUCGGGCUGUGCACGGCACUGGUGCAGAUUCUGGGCCUGACCUUUGCCAUGACCAUGUACUGCCAAGUGGUGAAGGCAGACACCUACUGCACCUAGGGCACCGGCCAGCCUGCUUCUCUGCCAAAGGACACUGCCCAGUGGGGACAUGGCCACAGUCAAGCCCGUCACUCCCACCCAUGACUUGCUGUGCUGCGCUGCGCUGCUGGGCACGAGAGGCGCCGGCACCUUGGCGAGGGUGGCUGUAGAGUUUCGGGACCAGGUGGAGGGUCAGCUGGGGUGGACGGGGAGGCCUCGGACCCCGCUGGUCCUGGUGCUCCGGGGCUGGGCCUCAUCGUCACAUUCCACGCUGAGCUGUGGCUCCAGGUGCAUUUAAUAAAGAGCGUGAGCGGCACUGUC